AUGGCUUCGUGGAUGCCCGCCUACUUCCAGAAGCGCCUGCUCCGGACUGCCNUUAUCGCGUAUUGCCUUGCUGGAUGUAGACUCCUAGAUCUCGACUCCUUGGGCGUGAAGAUCGGCAGGACCAGCACUGUCGAGCUCAAGAAUGUCGGGCUCCAUGUCCAGGAACUCUCGGCCCUGCUGCAACUUCCACCGAACCUUCGCCUCCAAGUUGCCCGUGUAUUGUCGCUACGCCUGACUGUUCCUGCCAACUUCUUCCAACAAAGCAUCGUCGCCGAAGUAGAUGGUAUCGAGGUUCACGUUGUAGCAGACGUGCCUGCUGAGUCUCACGACAAUGCCGACGACACAAAGGCUCCCGAGCACCGCAAGACACCCCGACGAAUACACUCUCCUCCUUUCCAUGACAGCGGUGGCCAACUCUCGACUCAACAACUCGCCCAGUCUAUGCUGCUAGAAGAACCAGAUGGAGAAAAGCAAGAGUUGGAGGCUCGCUACAUGGCCAAGUCGUCCCUGAGCGACUCAAGCGAUGAAUUAGGCACUGGCACAAGUCUGGGUCUACCCGCCAUGGUUGCUACCUUUCUGCAAGGCAUCGUGGAUCGUGUUCAAGUCAGGAUAAAAGAUGUCAACAUCAGAUUGUCUCUUCACGACUCGACCCCUGAGGCAUCUCCCAUGAUUUUCGUCGCACAUCUGGCAGACAUUCAUGUCAAUGCUGCCGCUCCAUAUGCUGCUGAUGCUGACAGGAACCUUCAAACACCGGCUGGGAAGCGCAGGCAGAUCGCUUUGGAAGGACUCAGUGUCCAUUUUGUUCGGGAGGAACGCUUCGCUCAAACACGUACAUCCAUGGCCGAUCUGUUCGCAUCCUACACAUCAAGCACCACGAGCAGGAGAGAAGGGCAGAAGAGUGAUGCUUUCUCGGAACAGGAGCCAGCCCUGGCCGAAUCUGGUGUUUUACCACACAUGAACUUUCCAGCUCACGCAUAUUUGUCCGAUUCGGACCAUGAGAGCUUACCGGACAAGAUGACACAAAGCACUGCAUCUUUUGACAUACGACCCGGUGAAGACAACAUCUCUUGGGCCUCUAGACGUAGCCAAGGGUCUUCUGAUCGUGAACAAAUAUGGUCUUCAUUUGCUCCCGAAGACGAUCGAUCGGCCUCAGAAUUACUCCAGGACUUGUCGUCUUCGGUUUUUAUGAGCACAAUCGACACUCGAGGAUCUUCUAGCGUCAUGUCACAAUCAACGAUCGGACAAUCUUUCACAAGUGCCCAAGCCCCACAGACCGCCUCGAGUUCGAGGUUUAUGCAUCAGGAUGAGAACUUCAGCCCUGUUACGCCCGAGCUUGAGGAUGUCGUGCCCAAUAUUGGUGUUGGAAGUUCGCCGACUCUAUCUCCUGACGAGUCGGACGAUGGACCUGACCUGACAGAGUCCGUGGUCUACAGUCACGCCGAAGCGGAAAGUAUGUACAUGAGCGCUGUAGGUCCAGCAUCAGGUCCAGCAUCAGAUCCAGCAUCAGGUCCAGCACCAGCAUCCCCGAACCUCAACAUGCUUCCAGGUGGCUGGAACUCUGUCAUCGAUGACGAUGAAGACUUGGAUCCCCCUUUCUUGUCGCAGCACUUGGAUGAAAAAUCUGGCUAUGAGUCUGAGGAUCGAGCUCCAACACCAACUCUGCUAAACCAGUCACCUGUGUUCGAGCGCCAGUCUGAGCCCGAAAGCCAAAGCACGUCCGUAAUAUAUGUCUCGAAGGAGCUUUUGGCUAUGCACAAACUGAAUAUUGGUAUUCGCCAAGCUCCUCGCGUUGGUACACGCACGCAAAAGGUGGAAGAUUCGAUUUCUCAAAGUUCAAUGACAACCUCCACCUUCCAGCAAGCCCCAGGUGCGUUCUCAAUCUAUGCUGGAGAGGGCCGGUCGUCUGUCCGAUUCGACCGCCCUACAGCAUACGAGACUGCCAGGGUUUCUGAGGAAGGCGAGGCAGUGGAUACAACCAUCGAAGUUGAAGUUACUCCGAUAACGUUACAGUUGGAUGCUGGUACAAUCCGUUCGUUGAUCACAGUAUCAGAGGUCGUGAAAGGUCCAGAACCAUCUUCAGAAUCGAGUCAAAGUUCCGACAAUGAUGAUUCAGUUGUGGACCAGAAUCUCCCAGGACUUUCCUUACACUUGCAAAUGUUCUGCGUGUCUCUGUUCGAAGACUUACCGGAGGCGUCGGUAGAACUUACUGAUAUAUCUGCUUGGCGUCCUUUGCCAUACCCGGAUCAUGAGAAGAAGGCGUUGCUGCAGCUCGAUUUACAACACAUCGACCUCGAAGUUAGCCAUCGACCGCCUCCUGCAGAGUUCGGGCUCAAGAUUGGCAAUCUCACAUUCACAGCUGGUACCAAUGACAUUCUCUCGUUUGAUACCACGAAGCAUCAACGAGAUCAAAGGAGCAUUCGGCAUGCGAUCACUGUUGCAUCUGCCACAGGAACAACACUCCAAGGGCAGAGCGUCAGAAGGAUAGAAGCCGAUCUACUUCCCCUUCGCCNNCUCAACCUCGACCUAAUUAAGUUUGACGAUGACUUUGACUCACUAGGUGGGAUGAUUGGUAUCGUCGAGAUGAGCUCCUCCCUGUUAUCUAGCGGCUACUUUUCCAACAAGCAAGAGGCUUCGGCCCCACCGCGCAGAGGCGUCCGCUUCAAAGAAUCUGCGGCUGAUAAGAGCGCUGCUCCUGAGAUAAAAUUCGGCGCACGCUUGGAAGGAUUUGAUGUAAGGCUGGCCUCUAAGUCGUGUUCCUUGGAACUGCAAGCAUCGACGACGAAAGUUGUACACCGACAAAAUGGUCUGAUUAUAGGUAUUGAAAAGGUAUCUCUUGCUAUGCCUAUGACGGAUGCUCCGGCUGAGCGCUCCAAUCUCGAUAUUGCUCUCAAACAGGUCAAGCUUGUCUAUACCUUCUCACCGUCACAGAAUGAUCUGGGUCGUCUGAUAUCGCUUGUCACUCCAUCCAAGAACAAGUACGAGAAUGAUGAUGAUAUUUUGAUUGAUACUCUCAUCAGGCAAAGGAGGAAAGGAUCUGUUCUCAACAUACAAGCAUCGUCCGUGCAGACAUGUAUCUUGGACUGGACGUUCAUACCACAUCUCCAGUCGCUCGGUGACGAGCUUUCUAAGCUAUCAGCUGUCACGAAGUACUUACCUGAGGAUGACACUCCUGGCAUAUUAUUCUUGAUCAAGGUCACAGAUACGCAGCUCAAGUUACCCGUCAACGAACAAUCCGGAUUCUUGGACGUUUCUCCCAAGAACAUACAGGUCGCUCACGUCGGUCUGCCCGCUCUCUUCGCGCUCUCUGUUGGCAAGAUAAGCCUAGGCCAAUUGGGAGGACACGAUAUCGUCCACGAGAUGCUUCCAGGAGCCUGUACAGAUGAAUGCCCUAUGCUCAUGUUGCGUAUGGUCGGAGAUGAAGUGGAACCUGUCGUGAAGGUGAAGCUGUUCAACAUCUGCGUCGAGUACGACGUUCCUACACUCCUCUCUCUCACCAGUACUGAGUCCGCCUCGGAAGUGGAGCAANAAGUGCAAGACCUCGCGGCAUCUGUUCUUGACAGCUCAAGCUUAGGGCUUAAGAAUCCAUCACGACCUGUGCCCGAAGUGAAAAAGUCGUCUGGAGGCGCCAACAAGAAGCUCGCAAUCGACGUCUUGUUACAUGGUUGCGCCAUUGGGUUACAACCUAGAGAAUCGGAGUCGAAGGGUCUUUUUCUACUGAGGGACACUAAAUUUGGUACUUCUGUUCCUCCAGAGGAGUCCUUCGAGGCCAUUUUGAACAUUCGACAAGCAACGCUCUAUGUCGUUGACCACGAAAUUAUGCCAUCUCUGGACAACCCAGCCUCUCCUGCUUCAUCCUCUCAGCCAAACCACUCAUUACGUCUGGAGACCUAUCUCCUGAACAAGGGCUACGUCGCCGUUAGUUCGAUCAGAUCCGCUCAAGUCGUCGUGUGCGUUCUCGAAGAAAAUUCCGACCACGAGAGGUUUGUAGAUGUCGAGCUACGUGACGAGUUCUUCUUGUUGGAGACUUGCGCAGAUUCUACACAAACUCUGAUUGCUGUUCUAAAUGGUCUUUCGCCACCUGCAAUUGCCAACGUCGAUCCUAAGUUCCGUCCUCAACCAGACACUGGACUCACGACCCUGGAUGAUAUGGUAAACUCUGUCUUAGGUGAAGCAUUCAUGAGACCUGGCCCUGCUUCCUCUUCAUUGUUCGAUGCUGAGGUAGAUCUGCCAUUAUCUGAUGGGGAAAGUCUGAUGGUUGGGUCAGAGCCGGCUACAGGUCUUUACGAGCCAGUCGAUGAAGGCAUGGGUUUUGAAGAUGGAGACUUCUACAGUGGAGGUAAUCUACAAUCAGACACGGUCGAAAGUCUUCUCGAACAAGAUCCCUUCGAGAUGACGAGCUCGCCGCAAUUCGGCGACGACGCCUUGCUGCGCAGUCUGUGGAAAGAGCUCGGUGGCCCAUCCGCGACGACUCCUGCGAUCAUCAGGGCGUUUUACCAGGACGACCGAAAACUCGAUAAGAUCUAUGGUGGUUCAAGAGCACUGGGUGAAGCCCAUGAGCAGCAGAAACGAUUCCCAGUGCAAGUUCGGCUUCGAGAGGUUAACAUUAUCUGGAAUCUGUACGAUGGUUACGACUGGCGGCGUACUCGUGAAGCAAUCACUCAGGCAGUCGAGAAGGUGGAGAUGAAGCUCGAAGAACGCAAGUCGAAUAGAAGAAGAUCGAACACCUUCGAAGACGACACUGAGACGGUUAUUGGCGAUUGCCUGUUCAAUUCCAUCUACAUCGGCGUGCCCUCAGCUCGUGAACCCGCUGAUCUCCGCCAUUCCAUUAGCAACCUGAUAAAUCAAGGCAACGAGGCUGCCAGUGAGACAGAAAGCUAUGCCACUACUGGCAUAUCCAGGCCAAGUCAAGCUGAUCUCAGUCGUCAGAAAAGGCUCCGGAAGAAGCGACUUCGUCUUCAGCGCGGCGCGUCCCACAAACUCGGCUUUGAGCUCAAAGGGGUCUCCCUCGAUUUUCUGGUACACNCCCCUGGUGGCGGCGAAGUGCAAAGCUCCAUCGAUGUUAGGGUGACAAACUUCGAGAUCUUCGAUCACGUACCAACAUCCACUUGGAAGAAGUUCUUAACGCUUCACAGCAAUAAGAAGAACAUGCGUGAGAUGAUGAAGCCCAUGAUUCAUCUGGAGCUCUUGAACGUUCGACCUGUGCCAGAAUUAGUAGCUACCGAGAUGACUAUUCGUUUUAUGACCCGCUUCUUCGAAUUCAAAGACGACUCGUUCAAGCCUGCCGAUGCUACUGCCGAGCCACCAUUCAUACAACGGUUGGAAGUCAACACGGUCAAUCUGUGUCUUGACUACAAGCCCAAANAAGUCGACUAUGCUGGUUUGCGGAGUGGUCGCGUGUCUGAGUUUAAGAAUUUCGUGAGUCUUGAGAAAGCCAACAUCAAGCUCAAGCAUGCGAUCAUAUACGGCCUUCGAGGGUUCGAUACGUUGCAUGACACCUUGAGUGACAUCUGGACACCUGAUGUUGUACACAAUCAGCUUCGCGGAGUCCUCGCCGGUAUUGGAAUGACAAGACCCCUUGUCGAACUUGGAAUCGGAAUCCGUGACAUUAUUGCAGUUCCCGUCGCCGAGAUCAAAAAGGAUGGCUUCAAGGUUCGCAGCGUUCAGAAUGGAACCAUCAAAGCCCUUAGCACGACUUCAUCUGGCUUCGCACGUCUGAUUGCGAAGGUCGCGAUCGGUACGGGGACCAGACUGCAGGACCUCGAAGACAUGCUCUCUCCGACUCAGCGCAAUCAGGGGCUGGCGGAUGUUGAGGAGGAAUACGAGGAGCUUCAACCACGCCUAGUCAGCAACUACGCAGACCAGCCCUCAAAUAUGCUCCAAGGGCUACACUCAGCGCGUCACUAUCUCGCGCAAGAUCUCACGACGGCACGGGAUGCCAUUAUUGCUGUCCAAGGAGACUUUAUGGCCAGUGGGACCGCUGCAGGGGCCGCUGCUGCGGUGAUGCGCCAUGCGCCAACCAUCUUGUUGCAACCUGUCAUCGGAGUCAGCCGUGCGGUUGGUCAAACCUUCAAGGGUGUAGGCAAUCAGGUCGACCGUGAUCAUAUCAAGAAGUCGGAAGAUAAGUACAAGCACCAUUGA